AUGACGAAUCCACAAUACUCCGACUGGUCAUCGGAUCCAGUACCAAUCAAACGUCAAAGUUAUUCAUUGAUCAAAGUCAAUGCCUGGGCAGAUGAUGAUAAUAAGAAUCAAAUCGAUCAAAAGAAGACAUCCAUUGCAUGGUGUUUCAAAUGCUGUAUCAUUGGAUCAUUACUAGCUGGAAUAGGUUUAGCUUUUGUACUCACAUUCUGGUUGACCUCAAAAACAACAGCAACGGGCACAUUAAUUGUAACAACAUCAUCAUCUGGCUCAUCAAGUAGCUUAUCUGUAUCAACCUCAAUUGUCACUUCAUCGAAUACGCCAUCUACAACAAAAUCACCUUCAUCAACAGCAGCAUCAACUUCAACUAGUUCACCCACGAGUCCAUCAACAAGCAUCUCUACAGCUGCUUCAACACCAAGUAGUGUUAGUAUAUCAUCAACUCGAGGUGCCUAUAAUGGUUAUGAUGAUAUCUUUAUCAGCUGUUCGAUUCCUUUGACAAACGUUACUAUUCAAAUCACUGUAUCCAAGACCGUUGGUGCAACAUAUAACGGUGCUUUCACUACAUUUUCAGGUGGACUGAUCAAUCAAUAUUAUAUUGAUAAUGGUACAGAUAUAAUCUUUACAUGGACAAUAGUAAGUGGACAAACAAUUAACUGUGUAAGCUCAACGUUUCAUAUAGAAGCACACUAUAACUUAUUUGGAAUAUCACAACCUAACAAUGUCGAUAGUUAUACAACAAUAAUAGAAACUAGUAAUGGUACCACUACUGUAAAUUCUGGUUAUUUUUAA